GAUCACUCAAGACUUGAAUCGUGAUUCGGUACGGCCACCUCGUCCCUGCAGCAUCCGCUCCGUGUACGCGUCAAGGCAGCGUGCGAUCGCAAGCGGCACUCACAUGCAGCAUGCGCGCGCUGGGUGCUGCAUGUCUGUUAGCAGGUCUCUCUGCGCGGCGCAGUAGCAGCACAGCCCGCCGCCGCAAGCAGGCUCGAUGCUGCUGCAUGCUGCUGCGCGCUCGCUCUUUCGGAAAUUGGCAUGAGCACAGACGUGGAGGGGGCAAAGCGGCCAGCAGCCAUGGCGGUGUGGUGAUUCUUCCUUGGACCAAGACCGCAUCCACAGCAGCCGACCUCGAUCAUCAGCAGCAUCAAACUUGCUUUCCAACCUUCACAUCCCGAAUUCAUCAACUCUCACACUCAGUCGUUGCAUCUCACCCGAUCUUUGAGCCAAUCUUGAAAUCACUCGCAACACCCCACUGAGCGCCAGCGUUCAAGAUGACCAUCCACUACUCGCUUUGCUUUGGCCUGUUGGUCUCGGAGAUGAUCGUAUUCUUACUGCUGUGAGCCGACCCCGACACGUUUGCAGUCCGCCUCAAUCGCGCUGCCUCGGAAGUCUAAUCCCAUCCGCUUCCGUUCAUCUG